AUGGAGCAGAACAACAACUGUGUAGAAGAUUUCUAUUUCAGUGUAUUUUCUGUUUCUCCAUAUCAGCCCAACAGAUCAGAUGUCCUAGUGUCAGAUGAUGACAAAGCUGGUGCCACUUUACUCUUUUCGGGUGUUUUUUUAGGGCUGGUGGGGAUCACUUUCACAGUAAUGGGAUGGAUCAAAUAUGCUGGCAUUAUUCAGUUUGAGCGAACUCAGUUAUUAGGGCCUAUUCUGCUCUCUGUUGGUGUGACUUUUGUCCUGAUUGCCAUUUGCAAAUUUAAAACUCUGACAUGAAAAUCUUGCAAAAAACGUGAUGAAAGUGCAUCAGUUACAGACCAGUCUCCAAGUGGACAAGCCUUUGUUUUCACUAGAAUUAACCAACCUAUAACUUUUCAUGGUGCUACAGUGGUUCAGUACAUACCUCCUCCUUAUCUAUCCCAGGAAGGGAUUGCUGUGAAUCCGGCCUAUCUGCAUCCAGUGCUCAGUUAUUAUGGUAUUGCUUCAUCCAGUGGAUUAACAAUUCCUUCCCCAAUCUCUCCUCUGCACUCAAACUCUCGUACUGUCCACUCUCUGCAUAACCCAGCUUUUACUGAAGAUGAAAACUACCCUGCUUAUCUGGUAGCAGACACAAGAGAUUAA